AUGCCUUCCAUCAUGGAUCAACCGAAGAAGAAGGCCAAGGUGAUCCGGAACGCCUACGACAGCGAGACAUUCGAUGCCGAUGUAUCCAUCCACGUGGAUGGUCUGGUGGGCUCUGCCACCAUCUCACCCAGCGGUCGUGAUGUUGCUCUUGCAUCCCCCGAGGGUUUGGCCAUCAUCGAUCUGGACUCGCCCUACAGCCCGCCUCGAAGACUUAGCAGCCAUGGCUCUCCCUGGCUGGUGGUCGAUGUUCAGUGGUCCCCGUUCGCCGCGCGUGACUAUUGGGUGGCAUCAACGGCUAAUCACCGCUGUCUCAUUUGGAAUCUCAACCUAAGGGAAGAUGCCGCGAAUGGUGCCAUCGAACAUUCUCUGCACGGCCACAGCAGAGCCAUCACCGACAUCAAUUUCUCCGCACACCAUCCUGACUUCCUGGCCACUUGCUCCGUCGACGGCUACGUCCACAGCUGGGACCUGCGAAAACCCAGGAAGCCCGUUCUGACCUUCUGUGACUGGUACGCCGGCGCCACGCAGGUCAAGUACUGCCGCCAGGACGCAAACAUCCUUGCCUCGUCCCACGACCGCUGGCUUCAUAUCUGGGACAGGAGGAAGACGUCGAAACCCCUCAAAUCCAUCAACGCCCACACCUCCAAAAUCUACGGCCUCGACUGGAACCGUAUGAAAGCCUCCAGCGUUGCCACUUGUUCUCUGGACCGGACCAUCAAGCUGUGGGACUAUGAGGUUUCUGACGAACCCGAGCGGGUCAUCCAGACUGAUUUUCCAGUAUGGCGUGCGCGGCACUGUCCGUUCGGAUCCGGCCUCUUGGCCAUGCCGCAGAGCGAUCCCGGAAACCUAUAUCUCUACGAUUGGAAUAAGCGCGACGAUGAGCCUGCCGAUGCUGCCGUGGAGCCUGUAUCCGUAUUUCCCGGCCAUGGCAGCCACAAGGCUAAGGAGUUUCUUUGGAGAGCACGAGGCAGCGUGGUCGAUGACACAGACUUACGUGAAUUUCAGCUGGUGUCCUGGGGCGAAGAUAACGAACUGCGCUUACACAGAAUCGAACCGCAGACACUGGAGAAGGUCGGCCAUGUAAGAGGGGGAACGGCGCAGCAGAGACUCAACAUCACCAGGAUAGGCGCCACAUACAAGACUUAUCGAUCUUUUGGAGAUACAGCCUUCCGUGAGAGGAGAACGACCACCAUGAGUAGUGGGCCUCGUCCAGGAAGCGGUGAUGACCGGUACAGGCGUAGUGCGCUCACCAUUGGGAUGCAGACCAUGUCGGGUCAAUACUCCAAGACGGGUGCUGCAUCCUGGAGGAGCACUUCUAUGAAGGCAAAAACGGCGUCUAGCAGGUCGACAGACCGGAAACCGGAUCAGCUUGGCUGGAUGAAAGGAAUCACCAUGAGCAAGAAGAAGAGGCCGCCCGUGGCUCCCCCGCAGAGGAAAGAAUCAAAAGACUCAAGCAUGUUCGGGUCGACAUUUCACGAUCAUUGGGAAGAGCCAGAACCUUUGAAUGACGAGAUCCUCCGCCUCGACAACAGACUGCCUAACGUGCAAUGGGACAACGUUGACAUGAACACACUCAUCGUUGACGCCUCUUUGAAAGGCCCCUGGGGCGCCAAUGGCGAUCCCAUAUACAUCAAGGUGAAAGUGGAUGUUCCACAUCACUACCCCAAGUCCAAGGCACCGAAAUUCUUCAUUGAGAAAACAGCUUUGAUGUCUGAUCAAACGCACAAGAGGAUUGAAUCAGAGGUGAACCAAGUCGCCAGCCAGUUUGCCAAGAAGCAGCAGAACUGCCUUGAAGUAGCUUUCAGCUAUCUGCUUGGCGAGACCGAUCUUUCGAGUAGCACGUCGUUCUUUAAGAAUGUUCGAGACCUGGACGAUGAACUCGAUGCACUCGCCGAUGAUAGUUCGAGCGAGGAUGAAGAUAACGAUAUCCCUGCUGGCGGUUCGGCAAGCAUGUCUCAAGAGCUCACCGCCAGUGUCGAACUAGAUCGAGAUGCUACUCUCGCGCCCCUGAAUCGUGGCACUGUGCCACCCAUUCCCCGGACUUGUGGUGCACGUUGGUCCAAUGACGGGACGCUAGUUUGUUUCUUUCCUUCCAAGGAUGAGAGGGCCAAGGCUCUGUUAUUCGCACCUACAGAUACCUACAAAGAGAAGCCCAAGGGUGGGCCAACAUUUGCAGGAUUCGGCAGAUUACAGCAGGAUUCACCACCUCCGCGACAGAGGCUCGACGGCUCGUCAAUGGCCGAAGACCAUUCUGACACGGAAGAUGAUGACGACUCCUCGAGUUCAAGCGAUUCAGAGAAUACAUAUAUGCAUAAGAUCAGUAUGUGGUAUCUUCCAAACAAGCGCUUCAAGAAGACGUUUAGUGGGAGUUACUCUAUGCGUUCCAGCGGCGCGGGCACAGGUGUUGAUACCGGCACCGGAACCGGGACAAGCAGACGUCGUGCUGCGAAACCCAAGAACAUCGUAGCGCUGCACAACUUCACAGAGUUGUUGCCAUCCAGAAGGGAGCUAGCCGACGAAUAUCGAAUCUUUGGCGAUGGUCCAGAGGUAUGUGAGCAUAACGCUGAGGUCGCUCGAAAAUACGGACGCUCCGAUUUAGAGCAGGUCUGGAGGUAUGCGGCUCUGCUUCUGCGUAAAGAUAUCCCUUUGGAACUCUUGCAGCAAGGUCAGCGCGGUAACGCAGUCUUGUUCGUCGCCAAGGACAUUGUGUCACGAUUCAAGGGACUACGAUCCAACCACCUAGACCACACCCUUAAAGGCAGAGUGAAGUGGGGCAUGCACCCGUUGGCCAAGGACUUCAUACAAGAUCUAUUCGACUACUUUGAGAAGAAUGCUGACAUUCAGAUGUUGGCAAUGCUCUCCUGCAUUUUCAAUGAAUCUACAGCGGAAGAUGGCGUGGCAUAUGCGGAGUCUCAUCUCUCACAACCCGAGACGCCACUUCCAAUGAAGACGCCAUCAUUCUCUCUCGACUAUUUCCCGACCGACGCCUCAUUAUGGCACACGAAUGCCAAUGUCAGGAGCCAGGCCGCUUCAGCCGUCUCAACGCCUGGAGCUAGUUAUACUCCACUCCGUAUGCCAGGCUCAUGGGAUUCGACCGAUGGGUAUUGGCUCGGAGACCCUGGUUCCAACUCUUAUUCGUGUGGAGAGACGCCUCCCUCGAGAACACCUCGAGACACCCUCUCCGAAUAUGAUGCGACACAAAGUCUCUCUACAUCUCCCGAACCUCGCCUGUCACGCCGUAUCAAUGCCACAUUGACCCAGAGUUUUGCUUCCAGCUUUUCCAGACCGUUUGCAAGCACCGCAUCCACGUCGCCACCGACCCGUAAGCGGCCAAGCCCAGGGGAGAACUUCCUUGGAAAUCUGACGGCGAAUGUAACCUGGGGCAAUUCUACAUUUAUUGCACCUACUUCUGAACCUACGACGACCCGUAAUUCCAUUUCUGAUGAUGAGCUGAGGCUGGAUGACGAGCAGACACUGGUUUGCACUUCCAUCUCGGUGCACAUCGAGGACCAAUCUCAAUUCGACGACGACGGCUGGCUGACGGAACCGUUGCUUGAACCAUCCCGCGAUGCUACGUAUGAGCACUACAGACUUGCAUAUGCAGAGAUGCUGUUAAUGUGGAGCCUGCCUCUUUCCCGCCUUGAAGUCUUGAAAUUCAACGUGCUACGAGGCGAGCACGCGGUGCAUCCAGCAGCACGAGUUGGAAGUCUGGACCAAGAAAGCUUUCAUGAUUCCCAUCAUAGCAACGACAAUCUUAGUCACACUACCCUCACUUUAACUCACCCUGGCACCAAGUCUCCGAUUGUGCUAGGAAAGAAGGAGCAUCUUCAAUCUAUCAUCAACUCAAACCGGGGGCUUGAUGUCGUAGGACUGUGCCGUGUGCACGAGACACAUCUCGAUCCCAUCCAAGCCACAUAUCCCAACGCAUCCAUAGGUGGGGCUUCCGGUAUUUGCAAUCGCUGCAAACGCACGCAAUUGCAGCUCUCAUGCGUCUACUGUCGAGAACCGAUCGACGCGAUGUAUGUGCCUUGCCUUGGGUGCGGCUGUGCAAUUCACGAAGCGUGUCUGGCAGAGUGGCACUCUCAUGGCGAGACGGAAUGCCCAGCAGGCGAUGAGUGCGAUUGCGUGGAGGAAGCCUGCAACGGACAGGUCGAGACCUGGGCUGUGUUGCAAGGCGCGUUGCGUCAAGGCAAGGUCCAUCACCAGCAGCAGCCCUCCGAUGAGAGUAAUGGCCUUCUUACACCAAACCGCGAGGUAAGCGGCAUCGGUGAAAAGGGUGAAUGGGAAAGUAUUGCGAGCGGAUCACAACUUCCACUCGCUGACGAACAAGGCAAGCCAAUCAACAUUGGUGAGGGCCAACAACCUUUGAGCGCUGCGAGAAUCAGCCUUGGCAACCGACUGAAGAAAUCAGCCGGACAUUGGGGCAGCUCAGCCAGCCUCAGGAAGAAGUCCGGCAGCGUAUCUUCUGCACUCGGGAGACGAUAG